CACUUAGGCCGGGGGUGGCUUUUGAAAUACACUGCGUCUGGGUUUACACGCACAAUCAAUUUGAAGAGGCUAGAACACCCAGACAGAUCUCGGAUUAAGGAAAACUUCGUGUAUAUAAGGUUCUCACAGUGGAGUUGGCUAGCUAGCAGUUGGAAACGAGUCGACUUGAAGUGGUUAAUGUUAAACCCUUAGCUAGCUAACUUAGCUCCGGUCCGUUAGCUCACGUAAACAGAAUUCCAAAGGCACCAUCAGGAAAGAGUGUUGUGUCAACGUAUUUGGCCAUAACGGAUAGUAGUAGUGACUCUGUUGAUGCUAGUUAACGUUAGCCCAUAUACAACAUAACUGAGUCUGGUACCUCGGAUAGUAAAGAAAGGUAGCUAGUUAGCUAAUCAUUUCUCAACUAGAGUUUUGUUGUAGAGCUAGCGCGUUAAUUUACGUGGCUUGUUGUGGACCUGGUUAUUCAUUUCAGAACUACUAACGGGUGCGUGUUGUGCCAGCUAACGACGUUAGUUAGCCCUGGAUACGUCGACUGUCCACUCUUUGCAGUUUAAACCACUAACGACAUGGGUCUUAUAUUUGCCAAACUGUGGAGUUUCUUUUGCAAUCAAGAACACAAGGUGAUUAUUGUUGGGUUGGACAAUGCUGGAAAGACCACCAUACUGUACCAAUUUCUGAUGAACGAGGUGGUCCAUACCUCGCCCACCAUCGGGAGUAAUGUGGAGGAGAUAGUGGUGAAGAACACCCACUUCCUCAUGUGGGACAUCGGGGGACAGGAGUCUCUCCGCUCCUCCUGGAACACCUAUUACUCCAACACAGAGUUCAUCAUCUUGGUGGUGGACAGCACAGACCGAGAGAGGCUGGUGAUCUCUAAAGAAGAGCUCUAUAAGAUGUUGGCUCAUGAGGACCUAAGAAAGGCAGCUUUGUUGAUAUUUGCCAACAAGCAGGAUAUGAAGGACUGCAUGUCGGCGGCGGAAAUCUCCAAAUACCUCACCCUCAGCUCCAUCAAAGACCACCCCUGGCACAUCCAGUCGUGCUGCGCGCUCACAGGAGAAGGCUUAUGCCAGGGCCUGGAGUGGAUGACCUCGAGGGCGGGACUAAGAUAGCCCCUUCUCCCUCGUUGGCUGUUGAACUGACUGACUACCGUUCUCACCUAUCUGGUGGUAUCUCAGCCUCUCCCUAUUGGCUUCUUAAAAACAAAAAAAAUGGUUCAAUUUUGAGCUUAAGGCUGCACGGGAAGCAAGUGUUGCGUCUCUCCCUGCUACAUCAACUUGACCUCACCUGGGUUGUGUUCAUUCGGCACCAAACAGAAGAAAACAGACCAAAACAGGGAGGGACUUCCAGAACUUGUCCAAUUAGAAAUGCUCCUUUCCAUUGUCCUUUGCAAAACGUUUUUGCUACGGUGUGUUGUAAUGAAUACCACACUAUUAUAAGGUCCUUGUUAACUGGACCCUCUUACUAAGCCACAUGGACUUUUUGCUACCUGGAUGUGAUCAAGCUGAUGGUAAACUGCAGUAGAACCACAGCCAGAAAGAACACUUCUCUAAGACUGGAAUACUAAGUGUCCACUUGAAGCGAUGGACACACCAUCACCACUACAUAUCAUGAUUAUAUAUCAUAAUGCCAUAUUAGGACCUGGAUUAACAUUUAGGUCUCUUGAAUGUUCUGUGCGGAAGUGUUUCAUCAAUCAUGUAUUCAUUUGUCUGUCUAUUUUGAUGCCUACUAUACAGAGGCCUACACCAAACAGUGUUUACCUACUCACUUAUGGUAGUCAGGUUAACUUACUUAGUUGGAGAAAGGAAGGGGUUUAUCAUGGUGAAUGGACACCGGGUAGUAUCAGUAACACAAUGGUAUUCUAUGUUGGUUACAGGAGUGGAAGUCUGUUACAAUACAUGUGUUUUGGUUUAGGCCUAUGUGUGCAGGAUGGCAUGUUCAAGAUGUUUUUAACUACUUUUUGGUGUUUUUUUAUUUUUAAAUUUCAUUUGUCGUCGGGGCUUAUUAUACAUAGUCAGAGGGUUCUGUUCAAAAGUAGUGUACUAUAUAGGGUGCCGUUUGGGAUGCACUCUGGGUACAAGCCUCAUGGUGCUUGUUUCUUUGACUGUGGGAGCCACUGUAUUAUUGGGAAUAGUCUUAUUGUAUUUGACUUCUCAAGCAAAUGUCGCUGGGAUCUGUUUUUCUUAGCACUCAUUCACACCGGAAACAGAUGGGGUGCUAACUAGUGCUGAGCGAUCAACCAAAAUGUUGUCUUUUUUUUUUUUAACCGCUAAUUGACCAACGUUGGUUCAAUUAUUUGAAUUCCAUGUAAUUUUUCCCUGUGAGCUCAAUGCACACAUUUCAGUUUCUCCACAGAUAAAUCAGAUCAAGCCCGAUCUGUGCAACGUAUUUUCCAACAGGCCAAUAUUCAUAGUUUAGUGCAGAAAACGUGAUAAUUAACUACAAUGACCAUUAUGCAUAAUCCUACUUUUCAGUUUUUUUUCCCGUUACUCCUGCUAUGUUAGGUUAGUGUGGGGCAGACACUUAGAGAGCAGUUGCUUCGUGCGGUAUCUCUACCUGAAAAUACAUUCAUCUAAGUGAUUGAUAGUAUGCCUUAUUUCCAUUGAAGAACUACUAAAAUAGUGUUUUUUGUCAGACAGCAUAGGCAGCAGCUCUAUAGAGAUGAGGAGAUUUGGAAUUAGUCAUCAAAUAAAACAAAUGUAAUAUACAGAAUGAAAUAUUUUUAAGUAAUAAUUUAAGUGAUAUGCAGUAAAUUGGCAGUCACUACUAAUAAUGGGAAUUUUAAUGAUUGUUUUCUGUUAACAUUUAACCCACAGUGCAUUUAAUGUUAAAAUUGUAUCAACUGAAAACAGAUUAUUGAAAAAUAAUAAUCAAACCGAAACCAUACAGACCUCAAAUGCAGUAAUCGCUCGGCACUAGUGGUAAUAUCAGUGUUCAAAGCUCAAGUUUCAUAACAGUAUUGUACACAUGUCGAUGCAGCAUUUUGAUUAGAUUAUUUUAGCCUUCUGUUAUAUACAUCUCAAGUAUGUGUUGAGAUGUCAAACUGAGCAGGUCAGUAAUUGCAGCUACAUUUUGUUAGUGUAUCACCUUAUUCUGACAGAAAUUACUCCUUAGACUGACACUCAGGCUACUUUAACUCUAUUUGCUAUCACGCCACCUCCUUGUUUUAGCUUGACAAGGACAUCAAUGGAGUUUGCAAAAGCACUAAUGGAUCUGGGACCAAGCAAGCGUUAGAUAUAUGGUAGUCUUUGUGCAUUUUUGACUGCAGUGUGUCGGAACAUGCCAUCCAGUCCCCAUCAGCUUAUGUUGCGUACCCUCAAAACACCUAGCCUGAUCCCAGAUUUGUUUGGGUUUUAGCCAACUUCUCUAGUUAGAGAAAUUGGCUGAAGCACACAGGUCUGGGACCAGGCUACUGACAGGCCUCAAAAGGAGUUUGGGUUAGGGCUUCUCCUGUGUCAAAUGUGCCACAUGUCAGACAGACUCGCAUGUGAAUGAAUGGGAUGUUGAUGCUCUUCUUAUGUCUGAAUGUCUGUCUGCUUGCCCUGACAAUAUUGUAUCCCUUGUUCCCGCUGUAUCAAGAUUCUCAGAGUCUAGAAUCAGCCCCAUUCCACAAUCUUACUCAUUGUGGAUGGAACCACUAAAUUGAUCCUAAAUUGGCACUCCUACUCUGAGAAGCAUGCUACAUAUGGCCUCUCAACACCAGGAUUUGUUACGACAUUGGCCUGAUGGGUGAGUUCUUUUAAAUAGCUAACAGAUCUAUGCACGUGUGUGUGUGUGUGGUGAAGUCGAGGAAACAACUUCAGUCUUUUUCAUUGGGACUAGAUUCAGAGUAGUUCAGGGUCCGGUUUCCCCAAAGUACCUUAAGGCUACGUUCAUCAUUAGGACCUUCGUAGGAGCAUCGUUAAAUCUCUAAGCUGUUUCCCAAAACCACCGUUUUAAUAAAGCUGCUCUUAAACACUUAUUUAACGACAUCAGGCCACUUGUAGAACAGCUAAGUACGUCGUCAGAUGCUUUUUCUUGCCCUUCUGCGUGACUUUAAAAGAUAAAUACAGUAUAGGCUACAGACCUAAUAUACUGUAUUUGAUUAUAUAGCUAAUUGUAGACUAGCCUUCCGUCUAAUAUUUGCCAAAUCUUGAUUUAGUGCGUUUUUUAUAGGGUAAACAUUAGAAUAAGCCGCCUCAAUAUUUGUAGCCAUAGACAAUAAAUAACAUCUCUCUAGGAGCUGAUCCCUCGUCAGUAAUUCUAAUGUUAAGAUUGGAAAGGCAGAACGCUGCUCCGAGAAGGGCAGUAUCAACACAGGCCUCAAUGCACUUAUUGAACGUACUCUGUGGUGGUUUGUGAAAAGCAUGUUAUAGCUUUGACUGUUGUAGGGAAGAUUAAAACUGUCUAAAUUUCAGUGGGAAACUGGGUCCUGGUCCAUCGCGUGACAAGUUACAAAGAGCAGUGGCGUCCACCCUGGUCCGGGAGAGUAUCUGAGUCCACUGGUUUUAAUUGACACACAGUUAGCAUUAUGUGAAACCGAUGGACCCAUGAUGUGUCCCAAAGGGCUCCAUAUUCCUUAUAUAGUGUACUACUAUCAGUAGAGUGCCAUUUGGAAUUGGGACACAUACCCAGUCUCUUCAGAAUCAUAGUGCAUUCCAUUGGUAUCUAGUGCUUUAUACUCUGUCAGACAGUGGAAUGGUCAGACACUUAAAUCAGGAUGAUAAUGACAUGUAUGAUCUGGGUUGCACAUUUCAGUUUUAUUUUUAAAUAAAAUAUUGUAUUUUGAAAUGUUAA